AUGGAAAACAACCGGCAUAUCAACAUAGACGAAGACGCACUGAAAAACUGCCUUCUAAUAGCCCACCAAGAGCAGAUGGAAUCGCCAGGCCCAGGAGACCCGCGAGAGCACCUCCUGGCAGUGCUUUCCCCCUGCAUAAAAAGCUCUCUCGAAGACAUUUCAGAGGAAAGCCGUGCUAGAGUCGAGGAAUUGGUGGACGCUUCCCUGCAGGCAGAUAUAAAAGACACAGUCCACAAAAUAGUCAAUACAUACUGCGUGAUAGGCCCAGAAGAGCUGGAAGUUCUUACGAAAGAAGCCAGCGCAGAAGCAACUCUGCACAUGCUUUCCCACGAGCUCUCCCUCUUAAACACCAAGAUAGACAUUUUCACUCUCGAGCAGCCGGUCCUAUGCCAGUAUUUUUUCAGCCAAAUUUCCAUUAAACAGCUAGAAAUGCUGGAUAAAAUCCUCCCCGUAUGCAACAAAGCCAUUGCUGACAUCACAGAAAUGCUUCAGUUUAAGUUGCCGAGGGAUUUCGAUGCAGAACCAUUGAAGUCCUCCCUUCUGCUGCAUUGCACGUUUGCCCAGAGCGUGUUAACGCAGAUAGAAAAGACAACGCAGGACUGCAACAAGUACAUGGACUCUUUGGAGGACUGCCAAAGCAUGAGAGAGGAGAAAAGGCAGAAAGAAGCAAGGCUUAUCCUAGAAGCCAGGAGUCAAACUGUUGAGAAGGCCUUCACUGAAAGAGUACUCGAUAAAAUCAUGGCGCACUACACAGGGAACAUCUACAGCCCCAACACGUACUUCUAUCUGAAGGGUCUAGUAGAGGAAAACACGGAUCUUUUAUACAGGAAAAGAAUAGAUUUUCUGUACGUGCAUGGAGCAAUCAGCGAGCACAGCCAGGGCAUUUUGGAAGCAGCCAGGAAAUUGUCGGAGGAGAAUCAGAAUGACUUCUUGAGGGAAGCCAAUCUGUUUAAGGACAUCGAUGUAUACACAAAAGAAAUGGCCGAUGCGAUGAUAGAGGGAAUGUCCUCGUACAUAAAGAACAUUUUGGGCAUAGAUGCCGUGAGCCAGGUCAAGCGCCUGCUGGAGGCCGUUAAAAAGCAGAGUGCAGAGUCUGAGCGUGCGGAAACUGCGGAGUUUCGGAGGCUUUUGGAGAGUUUCAUUGCGAAUGCGCACGAACUCCAAAGAACUUUUCCGUACUUUUUGAAGAGAUCUGGGCAGAGCAUGUGCGAUUUUAGCGCGCUGGAGCUUAUACUCAACAAUACAUUCACGAAGAUAGAGUUUGCCAAAUACACAAAGGCUCUUGAGAGGAUAAAAAAAGAAGUUUCAAGAGUGAGCGGAUAUGCUGGCUUGGAAGAAAAAAUCAAAAAGCUGCUGGAGUACCCAAAGGAAGACGAAAAAGAAAUAGAGAAGAUAUACGAUAACUCCCUCGAAGCAGCAAGAUAUCUUACGAGGCUGCUGCGCCUCAGGAAGGGAGAAAGCAUCGAGGAACAGACUCUCAGAAUUUCUAAGUAUACGGACUUUGCAAAGGAGCACACGAUGUGCGACUCUUCAUGCCCGAUCGAAACUGCAACCCUUGAAGUAAUUGAGGACGGAGCCACUCCCCAAGAAAUUCAGUCUAUGAUUUCGUCGAUACAAAGAACCCGGGGGAUGAACGCCAAACACUUAAAUUUCCUAAGGGCGCAUAAACUCGACUCGUCCGAUUUGGAGCGGUAUAUGUCGGAGCUUGACAAAAAGAUACUGAAUUUCCAGCAGCUGCUGGCUCCCUUUGAGGGGCUCAGCAAGGCAGAGAUCCUAAAAUUCGAGUGUUCUCGCUACGCCCAUCUGAAUAUGUACAAGAACGAGUGCGAGAAGUGCAUACACGCGAUCAAGCAGAAGACCGAGCAUAAAAUCCCCCGAAAGAUCUUGGAUGUUCUGGAGGAGCUUGAGCAAGCUCCAAGCAACCCAAACCUGCACAGGAAAAUGGAAGAAGUGCUCGAGGAAACGCUUCGGGAGGCGCCACAGCGCCUGCUCAGCCUGGAGUUUGCAGCAGAAAACGAACACGCUCUGGAGGAGUUCCAGCACAUGAUCAUACAGCUUGACAAAAGAAUAGCCCAAAGCUUGGAAGACAGCCCGCAGAAAGAGCCCUCUCUAAAAAGAAUGGCUGCCUUCCAAGCAUCUUUUUUCGGGAUUUUAGCUGCUCUUGUGCUUUUUUCGAUGUGCUUGAUCCGAAUGAAUGUUCUGCACUAG